AUGAUCAAACCGCUAGUUGUACCGCUUCCUCCCACGUGGUAUUCAAUCCGCCUAUACUUCCUCCGUUCAAUCGCUGUUCAACAGUCUGAGCCUCAUGAGCAGCAACACCUGAACAUAACCGCGCUCCAAAUUGCACCAUCAUCGAGGUCAGGCGCCGCACAGAGCGGCACAGACAAAGCAGAUUACGCUUUUCAAACCGAAGUGAAAAAGUCGGGCAGUUGCAGCAUACUGACUGAAUCUGCGUGUCACGUAUCGUCGGCCUUCCCAUCCGAAAAUGCUCCUUCUUCAUGCGGCUGUAAUAACUUCGAUUCAGCUAAGUCUCCACCACAACUCAGCGCGAAUUCACGAGACACCAAUAGCAACGUCUCUAAAAGCAAAUUGGUCGAUGGCAACAAAGCAGUCUCUUCCGGCUUUGAGCCAACACCACUGGCAUCAUCGGCAGCAUCUGAGCCGAUGGAAAGACCACCAGCAGCCGCCACUGUCCAACCGGCCGCGGACGACCCGAAACACAGCGUCGGACAGAUGAAGCUAUUUGACCAGACGCAGAAGGCCAUCCCAAAACUGCCUAGAGACGGCACAACAGUUGAGCUGCUGGUCCUUGCAUGCAAAGGCCGCUCAACACUGAUCGGCAUGUCCGGAGAGCCUCCUCAAAGUAGUGAACAAUUUCUUUCAGACAGCGACUCAGAUGACCUUUCGGAUGACAACGGCUCGAUGCUUUCCUCGGACGACAGUGAUAGUAGCGCAGGGCUCCAUCCCGUGGUGGCUCGUGUUCCCGAACUCGCUUCCCAAUCUAUUUCUGUUGUCUGCGAGCGCAGCGAUAUUGACGGAAGUAACAACUUCGGGAUGGGUAUACGACUACUUACCAAAGACGGCUCGCGACAUGUACGCGGGACCUGCGGAGGCUUUCUUCAACUGGAAACACCCAACAAACCUCCACGACAAGUGGGCCUCAUGGCUGGGCAUCUACUUGAGCAGCUGAGACAAAGUUCUAAGAAGGAAAAUCAGGAAACAUUCGGUAGUCAUCUUCUCACAAGAGACAUUUUGUAUCCCAGGAGCUCGGGGAAUAUUCCUCGGCACGAUUGGGCUCUGUUUGAUGCAGCCCAUUUGAUUUUCAAGUACAGUAUGAUCGAUCAGCACGGCCUUACCAUAGCACAGAAGUCAGAUCUCCCCGCAGGGAGCGCUGUGGUUGUUAUUCGAACUUCAAGGGGGGCAGUGAUUGGCACGUUGUCGUCCUCAACGAGUGCGAUCAUGCUCAGCCCAGACCAUGGAUUUGUCCAUGUAAGGAUGAUCUUCAUGAAUAAAGGCUCGACUGUUACGCAAGGCGACUCGGGUGCAUGGGUUGUUGACCCAAGACUUAGCAAAAUAUACGGACAUAUCAUUGCGACAAACAACAACGGACAUGCCUACAUGGUCCCAUUGCAUUCCGUCAUCACGGAAAUGAAGGACAUCAUGGGUAUCAACGAUGUGUCUUUGGCGAUCGAAACAGACACCAGCUCCCAAACCCGCCUAGGGGUGGCACACGAGGACACCGGACAGACUGAGAGAUCCAUUCAAAUUCAGGAACCAGACGAUCAGCCCGAUCAUUUGGUCAUAAAUAAUCACGUAGAAACACUCGAAGCACUUGCCGAAACAUACCUGAAUGAUGGGCGCGCGAAAGAGGCUAUACUUUUGUUGGAAGAGGCUGUCUCCUUUCAGGAGGCUGUCUCUUCUGAAGAGCGGUCUUCGGAAGAAGAUCAGAGCCGACUAGCAUCGCAACACAAACUGGGCAAGGCAUAUUUAGAGAACGGCCGUGUUAUGGAGGCAAUUGAAGUUCUCGAGAAAGUGGUAGAGGCUCGUGCGAAAGUCCUUGAUCAGAAACAUUCGGACUGCCUUGAAUCACAACAUAACUUGGCCAUUGCAUACACGCAGAACGGCCGGACAUCGGAUGCUAUCAGGCUAUUGGAAAAUAUAGUAGCAACGGAAGGGGCCAUACUCGCCAGGUCCCAUAUUGGCCGUCUUACGUCACAACAUCAACUUGCCGGCGCAUAUCUGGCAGACGGUCAAAUAUCAGAGGCAAUCAAAUUGCUGGAAUACGUGGUAGCAGUUAAAACUUCCACGUUGGAAGAAUCGGAUCCUCACCUCCUCGCAUCACAAAUUAUGCUCUCCGAAGCUUAUUUGAAGGCUGGUAGAGCUUCAGAUGCCGUCAAACUGCUGGAGGGCGUGGUUGCUGUCGCAGACGCGACCUUCAGCGAGCAUGACAGGCUCAGAAUUGACUCACGCCAAUGGUUGGACUUUUCGGUGAGACAGCUUCGUGACUUGAAUUUCUCGCAAUAUGCUGGAAGAGAUUCAAAGCCCGUCUCGACUUUCCAGCUGAAAUCGACAGCCACAAUUCACCAAGAGCUUCAUUUCAAAAGCAGCUCUUUUAGGCAUCUCCACAACCUUUCGACCCACACAUGCCAGAUUCACUGGCUUUGCAUGAAGAUGGGUAUCAGAGAAUUCUGGCCGAUCUUUGCUCGUGACGGAGGAGAGGUUGUCAACCUCUUCGACCUGGCGUCAGAGCACAUACAGAACACGGAAAAGCCGUAUCGAAUCGCCGUGGACUUACCCUGCUGGAUGUUCCACAACCUGAAUGAAAACUCAGUCGAGACUAUCAGACAGAAUUCCCAACGAGCCUCCAACCCAAUUGAGAAGGCUGUCCUUUAUCGAAUGAUGCGCUUCGCUUCCCACGGAAUACAAGUCAUCCUGGUCUCUGAUGGGCCUCAACGACCUGCGAAAAAGAACAGACGCACUACCAAGGGACAUGCCUUGAUCAUAGAAAAGCUGAAUCUAUUGGAAAGGACUGCUAAGGCUAUUGGGAUCCCCUGGUGGCAAGCUCCCGGAGAGGCCGAGGCCGAAUGCGCCCAACUACAGCGAUUGGGAAUAGUGGACGCUGUCUGGUCUGAGGACAGCGACACAUUCAUAUUCAGAGGCACCACCAUGUUACGAUUUCACCUUGAGGCAGACGGUUCGAAGAGUAACACACAUGCCCAAUUAUAUCGCAUGGACAAGAUUGCGGACAAGGUUAGAGGCAUGGACUGGAGGGAUCUAGUGCUCUUUGCCAUUAUUGUCGGUGGCGAUUACAGCCCAGAGGGGCUACCACAAUGCGGACCGAGGAUCGCGCUUGAAGCUAUUGAACAGGGACUCGGUAUAUCACUUGUCAAAGCCUUCGAAAAUGGGUCUUUGGAUCCUUGGCGACAGAAGUUCAAGCGAUUCCUCGAGGGUCAAAGAAACCAUGCCCACCCUCCUGUUGACUUUCCCAGCAUGAAGGUACUUCAAAACUACAUUAGGCCAAAAGUCUCAAGCGAGCAGCAGCUUAGAUCUGGCGUGUCUUGGAACUUGGAGGUGGACAAUACGGCUCUUCGGGCCUUCAUCACUUCCUUCUACAACUUCAGCGUCCAGGAGAACAUCGCCUGGGCUGUCCGUAUGUUGCUGGCAAGGAGACUGAUAUUUCGAAACAAAUUUGAGGAGCUGUCACUGGAAUUUGUCAGGAGGGUGUCAAUCAGGGAGUCAGGCAACAUCCCGAUGUCGAAAGUCUCGUUUCUACUUUCCGCCGUCAUGCCGAGACAUCUGCUGGAAACUUGGCCUGAAAAGGUGACCAAACAGGCCUCCAGGAUCAAGCCUUACGAACACGUGGAUCGAAUCGAAUGUGAUAUCCCAGACAGCAUUUUACGGCUGGCUUUGCCAGACCUUCAGGAAUUCCAGAAGAUUCCGAGACCGAACACUUCAGCGAAUUCGCCGACCCAUCCCACAGGACAUGAGAAUAUCCAAGGGGCUGCAGGAAAGAGGAAGCGUGGCAGGCCUCGAAAAGAUACGCAAAACACUGCCGCCGCCUUAAAUCCCUCCAAAGGGCUUCAUAAUCAGGGAGUUGAAAAGAAUCGCAUAGUACAACACUCCGCUGGAUCGAAGGAAAGCACUCAUGGUCGCGCUGAUACUGCUCCAUCUGACAAGAUCUUGUCUGCCUUCCCAUUUCUCCAAGACAGCGAGGCUCCACUGCGAUCGCUGGGGAUGGAAAAGUUCAACGACGGCUUUUCAGACGACGACUUUGCUGACUUCAGAGAUCUUGAUCAACCGAGACCGACGAAGUAUAUCAAGAGAGCCGAGCCGCUGAAUGAGGCAACGAGCCAAUGUUUAGCUGACAUGGCCCUCCCAGGUAGCCACCAAAAGCCGACCGACGCUUCUGACUCUGCCAUCACAAUCAGUUCUGCAAAUAUCGAGGGUGGUGGAUUGAGAAGUGACAACAUUCUCGAGCUUUCGAACUCGUCAUCCGACAAGCCGAAGCUUGCGGAACAGCGGUACAAGCAGGUUUCAAGCAUCGGCCACAGUAUGAGCCAAGCAAUUGAUCUCACUGACGAUUGA